UCUUUCUUUCUUUCCUUCCUUCAAUUUCCUCUCUCAAUAAUAUAUAAAACUUCCCACUCUCACUUGCCUCACUAUAUAUAAACUAAUACUCCCUCUGUCCUCAUUCUCCUUCUCCUCCUCCUCUCUGGAAGUGGAUUGCGUUUCUGACUUUGUAUGGCCGCUCCCCACUUUUGAGUUUCGAAGAAGAACACAAUGUCUGGGUACUCGUUUUUGAACGACCAGCUGUCUCGGCGCACCUCCAUUUUCGGGUUACACCUCUGGGUGGUUCUUGGAAUUUGUGUCGGAGCAGCCAUAGUUCUGGUUCUGUUUCUCAUCUCUCUAUGGUUCACUUCACGCCGGAACAGUGGUUCGUCAAAUUCUAAGGCCACCCAGAACCCGACAAUCCCAAAUGUCUCCAAGGAGAUCCAAGAAAUCCGAAUCGACUGCUCCCGGGGCACCAACGCCCCGCCCGACCCGAAGCCGGCCCAGCAGCACCCCGACCCGGUUGCGGAGUCGGAUCCCCUGGCCAGAGCCCAGGCGGUGCUGCUCCAGCCGGACGAGGAGAGCCCAGCGAGCACCGGAAGGCAGAGGAUUCACAUUGAAAUCGGCAAGGACCAUCGGAUUUCGUACCCGGAAAAAGGAGGUGGGUCGUCGUCGUACGGGAGCGGCGAGACUCGUUCCGGCGACCAGGGGGGGAUCACUGGGCCGGAGGUGUCGCAUUUGGGGUGGGGGCAUUGGUAUACACUCAGAGAGCUUGAGGAUGCUACUAAUGGGUUUGCUGAUGAGAAUGUGAUUGGUGAAGGUGGAUAUGGGAUUGUGUACAGAGGUGUUUUGGAGGAUAACUCAAUGGUUGCAGUCAAGAAUUUGCUCAAUAACAAGGGACAAGCCGAGAAGGAGUUCAAGGUUGAAGUUGAAGCAAUUGGUCGUGUUCGCCAUAAGAAUUUAGUGAGGUUGCUUGGCUACUGUGCUGAAGGUGCUCACAGGAUGCUUGUGUAUGAGUAUGUUGACAACGGAAACCUGGAACAAUGGCUUCAUGGAGAUGUCGGGCCUCUCAGCCCUCUGACAUGGGAGAAUCGCAUGAAUAUAAUACUUGGGACAGCGAAAGGGUUGACAUACUUGCAUGAGGGACUAGAGCCCAAGGUUGUUCACCGUGAUAUUAAGUCCAGCAACAUCUUGCUUGAUAAGCAGUGGAAUUCUAAAGUAUCUGACUUUGGCUUAGCAAAGCUCCUGGGCUCAGAAAGGAGUUAUGUGACAACUCGUGUGAUGGGAACAUUUGGAUAUGUAGCUCCAGAAUAUGCUAGUACUGGCAUGUUGAAUGAAAGAAGUGAUGUUUAUAGUUUUGGGAUUCUCAUAAUGGAGAUUAUUUCGGGGAGAAACCCAGUAGACUAUAGCAGGCCUGCAGGAGAGGUGAACCUAGUUGAAUGGCUUAAAACAAUGGUUACCAAUCGGACCGCCGAGGGAGUUUUAGAUCCUAGAUUGCCAGAGAAGCCUUCUUCCAGGGCAUUGAAGCGUGCUCUUCUGGUUGCCUUACGUUGUGUGGACCCGAAUGCUCAGAAGAGGCCAAAAAUGGGGCAUGUGGUGCAUAUGCUUGAAGCUGAUGAGUUCCCUUUCCGAGAUGACCGCAGGCCUGGAAGAGAAUAUGGACGCUCACCGCGUGAUGCUGCAAAGCGUGUUAUGGAAUCAGGUGAUAGUAGCGGGUAUGACAGUGGUGCCCAAACUAACAUGUCAGCAUGCAGAAAGCAAGAAGUUGAAGAAGAGCGUUAGUUGUACCACGGUACCAGUCAGCAGCUUCAUGUAUAAGGUGAUUUGACACACCUUGUUUUACUGAUGUGCGUAUGUCUAGAUCUAGAUCAACUGUUAUUUACUUCCCUGUAUAGUAGCUAGUCAUGUCAAUAUGAGUUUGCAGUCCAGCAUUUUGUUCCCUUCUCUUGAUGUAAUUGGAAUUACCAGAAUUCUAUUCUGCUUUUCCCACUGGCUGUUGUAUGCAUAGAUCAUUUUCAUUUUUCUCA